AUGACCCCUCUACAACCUCCUUGGAAGCUUUCUCCUCCUAAAACCUACAUCCUCCAAAAUGCAACUAUAAUCUGCCCUCUUACGUCCCGUCUCAUACCCCACCAGACCCUCAAACUCUCCCAUGGAAGAAUAACCUCCAUAACCCCGUACGAAGAAGACUACGACCUCGUUUCCCAUCCCCACGAAAUCACUCUCGAUCUUACAGGAAGAUACAUCUCUCCAGGCCUAAUAGACAGCCACGUCCACAUAUGCGCCGUCCCUGGGCCCCCCACCCUCUCAGACCUUUUCAACCUCCCCGCCGACGUAGGAAAACUACAAGAACCGUAUCUUCUGAGACAAAUGUUGCAACGGGGAUUCACCAGCGUCCGCGACUGUGGCGGCGCAACCCUCACGCUCAAAGAAGGCGUUGAAAGCGGUCUCAUCCGCGGCCCACGUCUAUUCCUAGCAGGGAAAGCACUCAGCCAAACCGGCGGUCACGGGGACACGCGCGGAGCCCACGAUGUAUCGACAUGUUGUUCCUCCCUCCAGCUCGCGCGGCGCGUCGAUGGCGUAGCGUCUUGUCUUCACGGCGCGCGCGAGGAACUGAGGCGGGGUGCUUCGUUUCUCAAAAUCAUGAGCGGUGGCGGGGUAGCGAGUCCGACUGAUAAGUUGGAGUCGAUUCAAUUUACGCCUGAGGAAGUACGUGCUAUCACCACCGUCGCGGAACAAGCAGGCACGUAUGUGACUGCGCAUGCGUAUACGCCGCGGACAAUUCGACAUGCGGUUGAGAAUGGGGUGACUGGGAUUGAGCACGGAAACCUUUUGGAUGAGGCGACGGCGCGAAUGAUGAGUGAGCGUGGAGUGUUUUUGACGCCGACGUUGGUGACGUAUUCGGCGAUGGGGAUGGAGGAGUUUGAGGGGUAUGUGCCUGCUGGGAGUCAAGAAAAGAAUGAGGGGGUUUUGGAGGCUGGGUUGAAGGCCUUGAAGAUUGCGCAUGAUGCGGGGGUGACGAUGCUUUUUGGGACGGACUUGUUGGGGCCGAUGGGUAUGUUACAGACGAAGGAGUUUGGGUUGCGGAGGAGGGUUUUGAGUUCAAGUGAGAUUUUGAAACAUGCUACUGUUAAUCCGGCGAAGAGGUUGGGGAUGGAGAGUGAGUUAGGACAGGUGAGGGAAGGAUUUGUUGCUGAUCUACUGAUUUUAAACGCGAAUCCUCUAGACGAUAUAGAGUUUCUUGAUCGACCCGAGAAACAUCUGCUCGCUGUUAUUAAGGAUGGGAGGGUGGAGUUUAGUCAAUGGAAAGAGCUGAGAGAGGAUGUUGUGGAGGCGAAAUUAUUCAUUGAAUGA